AUGGCUGACACUGAUAACCAGGUUUCCGGGUUCGUGGACUCGACCCCCGCCCCCAACCCAAAGGCCUUGCUCGCUGCUGAGAGAGCCCAGGGCCAGUUCGACCCAAACAAGAUGCACAUCUUUUUGGAGGAGACCGCCGCCAAGUCUCGCUUGUUUAAGAGACUUGUCCAGUCUUUCGACAGAGACGCUGUUUUGCUGACCUCCGGUAAGUACUACGACUUGACCAAGGAGCAGCAGAGAGAGAACACUGCCGUCAGAAUCGCUCGUUUGGCUCAGUACAUUGAGAUUGAGGACGAACAGAGCUGGCACACCAGAGUCUCUCUUAUGUCCGUGCUCGACCCCCAGACCGGUACCCGUAUCGGUGUUAACUUGGGUUUGUUCUUGGGCUGUGUCCGUGGUAACGGUACCUUUGAGCAGUUGAAGUACUGGAGCAAGCAGAGAGAGAUUGGCACCUUGAAGGGCGCUUACGGUUGUUUCGGUAUGACCGAGUUGGCUCACGGCUCCAACGUUGCUGGUUUGGAGACUACUGCCACCUUCGACAAGGAGACUGACGAGUUCAUCAUCAACACCCCUCACAUUGGUGCUACCAAGUGGUGGAUCGGUGGUGCUGCUCACUCCGCUUCUCACUGUUCCGUCUACGCCAGAUUGAUUGUUGACGGUAAGGACUACGGUGUGAAGACUUUCGUCGUUCCAUUGAGAGAUGCCGACCACAAUGUCAUGCCAGGUGUCACUGUCGGUGACAUUGGUGCCAAGAUGGGCAGAGACGGUAUUGACAACGGCUGGAUCCAGUUCUCCUCUGUCAGAGUCCCAAGAUUCUUCAUGUUGCAGAAGUUCUGUAAGGUCUCUCGUGAGGGUGAGGUUGACUUGCCUCCAUUGGAGCAGUUGGCUUACUCCGCUUUGCUUGGUGGUAGAGUUUCCAUGGUGAUGGACUCCUACAGAUGGACUGCUCGUUUCGCCACCAUUGCCCUCAGAUUCGCCAUUGGUAGAAGACAAUUCAAGUCUGCCUCGCAGGGCGAUGGCACUGAGACUCAGUUGCUUAACUACCCAUUGCACCAGAGAAGAUUGAUUCCUUUCUUGGCUCAAGCCUACGUUUUCAGUGCCGGUUCUUGGAAGUUGGAGCACACCAUCAAGAAGACCUUGGACGACUUGGACGCUGCCGUGGCCGCUGGCGACAUGGGCAAGGUCAUGAAGUCUGUCACUGAGAUGAAGUCUUUGUUCAUUGACUCCGCUGCCUUGAAGUCUACUUCCACCUGGUUGACUGCCGACGCCAUUGACCAGUGCAGACAGGCCUGUGGUGGUCUUGGUUACUCCUCUUACAACGGUUUCGGUAGAGGGUACGCCGACUGGGUUGUCCAAUGUACCUGGGAGGGUGACAACUCUAUCUUGGCCAUGUCCGUUGGUAAGCCAUUGAUCAGAUCCGCUGUUGAGGUGUUGAAGGACGGCAAGAAGCAGAAGGGUGCUGUUGCAUUCUUGAACGACGCCAAGCAGUGGGCUAAUGACAAGCUCGUGUUCAACAGCGCCGAGGAGUUGCUCGACCCACAGAACACCUUGAAGGCUAUCCAGGUCUUGAUGACCAGAGUUGCCCUCAACGGUGCUGAGGUCUUGAAGGAGAACAACGGCAACUUCGAUGCUGUUGGUGCCCCAUCCUUGGUUCUCUCCAAGUUGCACGCUCACUACUACCACUUGAACGAGUUCUACAGAAGAAUUGAGGCCAACGAGCACAAGGAGUUGAACUCUCACUUGGUCUUGUUGGGUAAGUUGCAUGCUGCCAGCUUCGUCAUUGAGAAGUUCGGUGGUGACUUCUUGGGUAACAACAUUGUCCCACCAGCUGUUCUUAACGAGGUUGUCAACAAGAAGAUCCCAGAGUUGUGCAAGCAGAUCAGACCAAACGUGGUUGCUUACACCGACUCCUUCAUGUACUCUGACACCUUCAUUAACGCUCCAAUUGCUCGUUACGACGGUAACAUCUACGAGAACUACUUUGACACUGUCAAGAAGAGCAACCCACCAGAGAACACCAAGGCUCCAUACAGCGCCGCUUUCGAAGCUUUCUUGGGCAGAUCGUCUCUCGAUGUCAGAGACGGUGGUGACAAGAGUGCUGCUACCGCUGCUAUCUUGUCUAAGUAA